AUGCGGUUCGAUAUAGACGGGUCCAGUGAAAAGGCCCAGCACACAUACAAUGACACGAAUGGCCUGGGCGACAACCAGAUGGGCUAUGAUCCAGAUCUGGCCCAUCCAGCUGCCGGCUACAGAGACGGCGAGAUAGCUGUGUUGCCCCCAGGAGUCUCCGAACGGAAACUCAUCACCAGAAUCGACAUGCGCAUUAUUCCUGUGCUGUCAAUCAUGUACCUCUUGGCUUUCCUGGAUCGGACCAACGUCGCCAAUGCCGCCAUCUUUGGCCUUCAGAAAGACCUUGGGCUGAGUGGCACGCAGUACAGCACUGCCUUGACCAUCUUCUUUGUCCCCUACGUCGUCUUUGAGAUCCCGUCCAACAUCAUCCUGAAGAGACUCCGGCCCCAUGUGUGGCUCUCCAUCUGCAUGUUUGGCUUUGGCUUGGUUACCAUCUGUCAAGGUCUAGUCCAAGGGUACGGUGGAUUCCUUACCACCCGAUUCUUCCUGGGCUUCUUCGAGACAGGCAUGUUUCCCGGUGCAUUCUAUCUUAUUGGUAUGUGGUACAAGAGACACGAAGCACAGAAGAGAUAUACCUUCUUCUUUGCCAGUACCACUCUUGCGGGGGCUUUCGGUGGCUUGCUCGCCUCGGCCAUUGGCAAAAUGAACGGCAUGGAGGGCUAUCUCGGUUGGAGAUGGGUUUUCAUCCUGGAAGGAUGUCUUACUUGUGUGGUCUCUUUCGUCUGGUUCUUCGCAAUCCCGGAUUUUCCUGAAGACGCGAAGUGGUUGACGGACGCCGAGCGCGAGUACAUCAAGGCUCGGCUUCGAGAUGACCAGGGCAAGUCGGCCAUCGACCGACGCAUCACCGUCAAGGACGUCAUCAACUGCUUCAAGGACUACAAGAUCAUCGUGGGCGGUUUCAUGUAUUUUGGCUUGAUUGUGCCCGCCUACAGCUACGCUUACUUUGCGCCCACCAUCAUCAAGUCGUAUGGAUACAGCGCCAUUCAGACCCAACUGCACUCGGUCCCUCCGUGGGCGGCAGCAUUCGGAUGGAGCAUGCUCACGGCCGCGCUUUCGGAUCGAUUUCGCCACCGUUUCCUGUUCGCAAUGUUCAAUAUUUGCAUUGCCAUUGCGGGCUUUGCCAUCCUCAUGACCGUGCACCACAACACUGACUUGGAAUACGGAGCGCUGUUCAUGAUCACGUCGGGUACAUACAGUGCCAUGCCCAUCAUUGUGUGCUGGUUCUCGAUGAACCUCGGCGGUCACCAUCGCCGAGCGGUGGGCACAGCGUGGCAGAUUGGAUUUGGUAACAUUGGAGGUAUUAUCGCGAGUUACAGCUUCGAGGCGACCGACGUAAAGACCUUCUUCCACAAGGGCUACAGCAUCUGCAUGGGCUUCAUCUGCCUGAGCGCCGUCUCUUGUGUCAUCUACUUCCUGGCUUGCCUGACCCAGAAUCGAAACAAGGAGAAGACGCACGACGUCGGACUGACGGAGUACGAGAAGACAGAAUUGGGGGAUAUGAGUCCAGACUACCGCUACAUGCUGUAG